AUGACUCUCACCGUCCUCGCCGACGACCAGAUACAGACCCUCCUGGAGAACCUGACACCAGCCGAUCUGGAAGGCUUCCGCAAUGCACUGGCCUCCGCCCUGAACGAGUACUCCGCCCGCAGGGAGGGUAAGACCUCGGUGCACCAGCCCGAGCGCAUCUCCGUCCAGAGCGCCGCCACCGGGGCCACCACCCUGUUCAUGCCCUCGUGCAACUCCGCCGGCAACGGCAUCAAAGUGAUAACCCUCACCUCACCCUCGCCCACCCCCUCCAGGAACAACAACACCAGCACCACCAUCCCCACCGCCGCUUCCACCACCACCACUAACAACGAAGGCGACAAGGACAACACCCCCAUCCCCCCAACGGGCGCCAUCGCCCUGUUCACCCCCGCCGGCGCGCCCCUGGGCCUGCUGCACGCCCGCACGCUGACCGCCUUCCGCACCGCGCUGGCCUCGCUGUGCCUGGUCGCUGCGCGCCACUGGGGCCAAGGAGGCGGCGGCGGCGGCCCGCAGCUGCGCGCCGCCACGCUCGUCGUCUUCGGCGGCGGCGCGCAGGCGUACUGGCACGUGCGGCUCGCGCUGCUUGCUCGCGGGGCGGAGGUGCGGAGGGUGGUGUUUGUGACUAGGCGGCCGGGGAGGGAGGAGGGGCGGAGCGGUGGUGGGGUUGGGGGUGGGGUUGGUGAAGAGGGGAAAGGGAAGGGGAGGGCGGAGGAGGUUGUGGGGCGGUUUAGGCACGGGAUUGGGGAGGAUGUGAAGGUCAGGGAGGGAUGGGCUGGUUGUGAGUUUGACUGCGUGGUGAAGGGAGAGGAGGGGUAUGACGGCAAAUUGGCGGCCGCUCUUGUUGAGGCGGAUGUGGUGUUCUGCUGUACCCCGUCGACGGAGCCGUUGUUUGAUGGGCGGGUAUGGGAAUCAGAGGAUGGGAAGAAGAAGGGGAGGUUGGUGGUGGCGAUUGGGAGUUACACCCCUGAGAUGAGAGAGGUGCCCGGGGAGUUGAUCCGGCGUGCUCUUGUGGCAGGCGAGAGAGAGGCCGGAGUGGUGGUAGUAGACACGGUCGAGGGGGCACUGAAGGAGGCCGGCGAGCUGAUUGAGGCCGGAGUGAAGCCGGAGCAGCUUGUUGAGCUCGGCGAGGUGGUGAUGCCGCAGAGAACUGCGCCAUACCAGGCCGACGGGGCCAAGGGACAGGACACGAGGGACCGACUUGCACAAUGGCUGCAGACAGGCAACGUCAUCUACAAGAGUGUUGGAUUAGGACUGAUGGAUCUGUCGGUCGGCAUCCAUCUCAAAAAGUAUGCCCAGGAGAAGGGCGUUGGCACCCACGUUCCGGGGUUCUGA